UGAGAAAAUAACAACAGACAGUAUCACUGUGAGCAGCCAUAACAGUUAGCUUCCAUAGAGCUAAUAUUAGCUACGUGUGUUCUGGAAGCAUCCGCGACAGGCACGGCUGUCGCUAUGGUUACGCACUGUUGUCCUACUGAGGGAAAGUGGUUGGUGGUGUUCAAGUUUCAUUCAGGCCCCAACUUUCUUCUCUUUCAAACCUAUCUUUCAGGAAGGUGGGGUAAGCAGGUGUUGCUUAGCGAAAUGGUGCAACUUCACGUGAAGCGUGGAGACGAAAGCCUUUUUCUUUUUAACACCACCGUGGACACCCCUCUGGAAACUCUGAUCCAGCAAAUUACUGCCAUUUACAACGGAAGGCUCAAAGUGAAGAGACUAUGUUCAGAGAUUCCCGAGCUUGCAGACCAUGGCAUCUCACUGCCACCCAACAUGCAGGGGCUGACAGAGGAGCAGAUUGAGGAGCUAAACCUGAGGGAUGAAUGGGGAGAAAAUUGCAUCCCCAGUGGAGGCUCUGUGUUUAGAAAGGAUGACAUUGGGAGGAGGAAUGGACAAGCGCCUAAUGAUAAAAUGAAAGAGGUGCUGAUGAGAACGGUGGAGGCUGCAACGGCGCUCAUCUCCAAAAAACAAGUUCAAGCCAAUGUUUGUGUCACUGUGGAAAUGAUAAAGGAAGCACUGGAUCAGCUAAGGGGGGCGGUCAUGAUCGUGUACCCCAUGGGGCUGCCUCCUCACGACCCAAUCAGGAUGGAAUUGGAGGACAAGGAAGACCUUUCAGGAACACAGGUGUCUCUGCAGGUGAUCGCAGAGGACGAAUGCCAGCUGUGGUGGGCUGCCAAAGAGAUGCAGAGGGGCAAAAAACUGCAGGACUACAUUGGCAGAAAUGAAAAGACAAAGCUAGUGGUUAAAAUCCAAAAGAAAGGACAGGGGGCGCCAGCGAGAGAACCUGUAAUCACCGAUGACCAGCAGAAACAGAUGAUGAUGCACUAUUACAGAAGGCAGGAAGAGCUCAAGAAACUGGAGGAGGCGGACGAUGAUCGCUACCUGGACUCAGAGUGGUCAGACAGGCAGGCCCUCAAAAGACAGUUUCAGGGUCUCACUAAUAUCAAAUGGGGGCCGAGAUGAAGACCAGCAACACUCUACAAACCCACCUCGGAGCCACUUCUGUCAUCUGGAGUUCAACAGCUCUGUAUUCAGCUGGACAAGUUGCCUUUUCAAAAUCUUAAAAUGAGCUUCCUCUUGGUCUCAUGUGACAUCAUCCAGAUAGUACUGAUGAUUCAGCCUGUGUGCUCUUAUAUCUUGGAGUUUCUCCUACUCUGUAACCGUCCUGAAGUUCAGAUCCUGACAUAAUGUGAAACUGAGGCUGGUGUUUGAUUUAUUUAAAUAUAAAUUUGCUCCCAGUGUUCCUUUAUCAGUUUCACCAUGUUGUUUUUUAUUGAGUCUGUAUGAAAAAAAUAAAGUUUAUUCCGUGUUUUA